GUGGCCUAUGCAAGCUUUUGAACCGCACCACAUAGAUUGUCAACCAGCAUAGUCCGCAGAACAAGGCUCGAAUACGACAACAUCACGACUAUAAUCAUGCCUCACGAUCCUCGAAUAACUGUAUUUGUGUUGUUAACAGCGGUUCUAUUCGUUGGGACGGGAUACUCAGUCGCCUACAAUACGUAUCUCGACACUUCAAAUCCAUUGCUCACACACCUUCCGCACCCCCUUCAGGAUACAGACUACUUCGCCAACAAGGCCAACCCCCUAAAUGUCUUGUUCAUCAAGAAAGCUUGGGGGUGGACCUCUGCCGUAUUCUUCCUACUGUGGUUGAGCACUCCCUCUCAGGCCAGGACGAAACAGCCAUUAUUGAAGUGGGCAACAGAGUCGCUAGUUUGGCUUGUAUUUACAGGCUGGUUCUUUGGCCCACCCGUCCUUGAACGCUUGAUACUAGCCUCUGGGGGAGAAUGCGUCGCUGCCCUACCUUCUGGAGUCGUGCUCUCCAUACCAUCAGAGUACUGCUUGACCAAAUCAACCAUAUCCCCCGUAACACAUCCCGCUCUCUUCGCAGCAUCACUUGUCUUGCCUGAUAGCGAAUGGCAUACCAGACCUAGGCUCAGGAGAGGACACGACGUAUCAGGCCACGUCUUCCUCCUCACCAUGUCCAUCCUCUUCCUCGCCGACCAACUCCGAUCGAUAUCAUCUCGCGUUCAAAAGCCAUCCCUUUUGUACAGGCUGGCCGUGAACAUGAAUAUGGUCUUAAUAGGCAUCUGGUUCCUUGCCAGUCUUACUACCAGUGUCUACUUUCACUCUCCUUUCGAGAAAUUCACUGGUUAUUUACUUGGGAUCGCAGGCUUCGCGAUUACGCAGUUGCCGUUGUUCCGUGAAACGACUGCCACAUCACCAUCAACGCCUGAUAAUAGUGUCAGUGGAGCCCAGUAGUAACAAUACCCACUUACCCUUCGUGGACGCAGUUCGCUGGCUAUUUUAGACAUAGUUCUCCUACUCAGCCUUAGAUCCUUUGUAUCGCCAGAGCAGCUCCGGUAGUAUGUAUACAGGGCAUGUACCAUGAGCUACUAUUAUUAUAUCUGGAUCAGUUCUCGACCCAGACCUUGAAUUAUUCGAAUCAAAGUACGUUGUACACCUAGUAGCUUAUCGAGUAAUAUACUGCCGUCACUACGAGUCUUUCUAUGAUGAUGAUAUUAUUCAUAAAUAUAGUGGAUUUUAUGUAUAUUCACAAGUAAUUCCGAUGCUCGUGUUAUUGGGAAUGUAGUGCACAUGGAACUAUCCAUAUAAAUGUCUAUGUGAGUUAUGGUUGUGUUAGAGCAUCAACCAAGAAAUUAGACUGCCAACGAUGACGGCUGGUAAUACGACACUGACGCUGUCACCUGCUAGUCUCCAGAGAAGACCUCUCCGUCUCUGCUGCCCCCGUAGAUUUGCGUCGCCCAUCUUGAGUCUACCGCCACCGGAGCGCCAUGAUGUAGGCAUCAGUACCGAUGGGAUACCAAUCGUUAUUCGUCGUCUCCUGCCACCUAAAACAAAUGAUCGCGACCAGGACCACCCGCGCGAACCUGCAUGCGGCUGGGGAGAUGGAGGCGGGAGAAAGAAGGGUGACGAAGAUGAAGCCGAGUAAACGUCAUCGUGAGUCGUCGCUGACCAGACAGCAGCGCCUGCAUGGGCAUGGCUGUCGCGCCGGGCAGCAUACUGUGCAGGAUGCAUUAAUUCAUCAAUAUCAUCUUCUGACGUGAAAAGUGUUAUAGGGCUCAGCAGUGGAGAGUCCUGAGGAGUAGCCGGACCAGAGAAUGCACGAAGAUUGGCCGGAGCAGUCGUAUUUGGGACUCGCAGUGUGGGAGGAAAGGGGCUUGUUGGACUAGUGCGGUCUUUGUUUUUAUUGGGAGACCAGGCAGACCAUAUGGCUGAGUCAGGUCGGCUUGGAGUGACCACACGGCUUGGUUGCGGAGUGAUCGAAACGGGAGAGAUGGAGGAGAAACGUCGACGAUGGCGUGCAGGUGUGAUGUUUAGGUAAAGCAAUGCGAUAAUGGUGAGUAUAAUGCAAGGUAAAUAGAUAGAAUUGAAGAUUGCACGAUGAUCUGGGAGGAGACAAGGAGCAUCUGCGAACGUGAGAGGUAAUGUGGGAUGUAACUCUGGGUUGAUCAACGAGAGAAGUUGAAAACCGGGUUUGCGAAUGUUGCGAGCCAAGGAGUAUGACUUGACUGUAACUUCGCGGAUUGCCUUAUGGUUGGUAGAACCAUCCCAUGGGCGAAGAACAUGCGUGUGGUCACAAUAGUCGCGAUCAUCGCCGCUAAAUACAGCAGAUGGGUGCAGAGUAUCCAGCAAAAAUUCGGUUGUUUGUUUCCCCAGCAUGUUCUGAUAGCCUUGACCAGCACCUACUCGCAAUGUUCCUUUUUCACGAAGAGGUCCACAUGACUUGCUCGACGGCCUCGACAAGGGUAUAUGGCUGAAUAGAAUCGAUGGAGCGGUUUGAUUGUCUGAUAUGGACUUCACG